CGUCUUCGGCGGGGUACCUGCAGGGUGGCACUGGAAAUGAGUCUUCGCCCAUUCGACUGCUCAUCUACCGGUAGUCAUGUUCUCGGCCCUCGAAGCUGCCCUCUCCAACGCAGAAAUCUAAAGAACAGAGAAGGGGUAGGUGGAAAAAAAGUGUAAUUCAAACGAGAAAGGUUACUUGUCAAUUGCCGAAGCGUUUCUUUCCCAGCCCAAGUCUCAUUUUGAAUCCACACUCAAAUUGCGUUCUUCGUCAUAGCCACCAUGUCUAGCUUCUUCAUCGAGAACAAGAACGUCGGCAACAAGGCCGAAAGCGAAGACUGGAGAAUUCGCGGCUACAACCCUCUGACUUCUCCCGAUCUCCUCCAACAUGAAAUCGCCCAAACUGCCAAAUCGAAGCAGACCGUCCUCCAGGGGCGCGAGGAGGCUGUUGCCAUUGUCAACGGAACCGACGAGAAGGAAAGACUCUUGGUCAUUAUUGGCCCUUGCUCGAUCCACGACCCUAAGGCCGCCCUUGAGUACUGCGAUUUGCUGCUCCAAGCCAAGGAGAAGCACAAGGAUGAGCUACUCAUUGUCAUGCGCUCCUACUUGGAGAAGCCGCGUACAACAGUGGGAUGGAAGGGCCUGAUCAACGAUCCGGAUAUCGACAACAGCUUCAAGAUCAACAAGGGACUGCGCAUGUCAAGACAGCUCUUCGUCGACCUGACAGACAAGGGUAUGCCCAUUGCCAGCGAGAUGCUCGAUACCAUCUCGCCCCAGUUCCUCGCCGACUUGCUGUCCGUUGGCGCAGUCGGCGCAAGAACCACCGAGAGCCAGCUACACCGAGAGCUGGCCAGCGGUCUCAGUUUCCCUGUUGGUUUCAAGAACGGUACUGAUGGCUCUCUCGGAGUCUCUAUUGACGCUAUCGGCGCUGUCAGACACCCUCACCACUUCCUUUCCGUGACCAAGCCGGGCGUCGUCGCCAUUGUCGGCACCGUGGGCAACGAGGACUGCUUCACCAUUCUGAGAGGCGGCACCCGGGGCACCAACUACGAUGCCAAGAGCAUUACGGAGGCCAAGGCCGCCUUGGAGAAGGCCGGUCUCCCCCAAAGACUCAUGGUUGACUGCAGCCACGGCAACUCUCUGAAAAACCACAAGAACCAGCCCAAGGUUGCUGCUGAUCUCGCUGGGCAGAUUGCCGGUGGCGAGACUGGUAUCAUGGGUGUGAUGAUUGAGAGCAACAUCAACGAGGGCAACCAAAAGGUACCCAAGGAAGGCAAGGAGGGCCUGAAGUACGGUGUCAGCAUCACGGAUGCAUGCAUCCACUGGGACGACACUGUCACUGUUCUCGACCAGUUGGCCGACGCCGUCAAGCAGCGUCGCGAGGUCAUUGGCAGAAACGGCCAUGCUUAAGGAGUUUCUCACCAUUUAUCUUCGCGGGCUGGGUUUCAAGUUGUGGAUGCAUGGUAACCAACCGUCUGAGAGAUAGGUGAGGAUUUGUGUGUGCAUAUACCAGAGCGUGGUUGCAGGCAGUUAUACAAGGCCUCAGAGCCUUAUUGAUGGCGAAAAGUUUUGUAGUUUGUCAGAAUAAAAUCCGAUUGAUACCCAGCCUCCGGAUUACUUGGUUUCUCGUUGAUGAUGCAAUGAGUCAUGAGGAUGGGAUAAGCAGUUUCGACAGUGUUUUCCCCUCUAGUGGUUGCCUAGUCUUGGGAUGGAUUGCUUGUGGGCUUGAGCUAAUGGAGUUAACAUCAUGAAGAGAACAAAACGUGUGUUCAAUGUGGUGUCGUGAUAUGCAUGUAGAUCGCUGUAGUUACAUCCGAGCCAGGCCAAUCAAGCGGAGCAUAUUUCUUAGUCUGGGCGUGACGGAAAGCCACAGCUGUUG